CUUUUGCAAACCUUCGCCAGCGAACGUUCCAUUCCCAAUUUUCAACACGCUCAGGACUCUUUGAACGGGCACGCACGAGUAACCACACAAUGGCAACAAAAGCAUACACUAUUGAGCAAGUCGCUUCCCACAAGUCUGCCGACGACGCAUGGGUCGUUGUAAACGGCAAAGUUUAUGACGUGACAAAAUUCUUGGAUGAUCAUCCUGGAGGCAAAAAAGUGUUGUUGAAGAACUGUGGAAAGGAUGCCUCCAAACAAUUUGAACAAUUCCACUCGGGCAACGUCCUUGAAAAGUAUGGACCAAAGUUGUUGAUUGGUGAGGUCUCUCCCUCGUCCAAGCUCUAAAGAGGCGAGCGAUGGAGCGACGUAUGCGAUUGUCUAUUUUGGUGGAGACAAGCGCUGUUCUUGGUCCCUGCUUGAAAACCAAGAAAAGGGGACAGUGUAUAUCAUAGAGUUUGAGGAAGAAGUCUAAUUUGAUAAUAUAGCAAAAAAAAGUAUCCAAAUCACAGAAACUGUUCAAGUCAGACCUUCCUCUCCA